AUGGUUGAGUUCAUCACAGCAAAUGGAGCCCAGCUCGCUUACGAGCUGAGCGGACCCGAAGAUGCGCCGUUGAUGAUUACCCUUCAUGGAGGAAGAGGAAUGGGUGAUCAUAGGUCCGACUACAAAGUAUACAGUCACCUCAACGAUAGGAUUCGGGUGCUUUCGUUUGACUUUCGGGGACACGGCCAAAGCUCUCGUACUAAGCCCUAUACUUUUAAACAGAUCGUCAAUGAUAUCGAGGCUGUACGGCAGUAUUUCUCAGGACCUGAUGACAAAGUUAUUAUCUGUGGUGGAAGCUUUGGAGGAUUCCUGGCGCAGCAAUACGCCAUAACCUAUCCUUCGAAAGUUUCGUACUUGAUCCUGCGAGGGACUGCAGCCUCGCAUCAUCAUGAAGAUGGCGCCAUUAAGACCCUCGAAACCAGGAUCAGCAAGGUACCCAGCUUUUCUAAGGAGAUGCUGCGAGAAAAGGUCUUCGGUGCAUAUGACGACGACGAAGAUUUUCGACUAGUCCAUUUUGCAAUGAUGCCUUUGUACCGGGAAGAUUACGAUGCAAAUGCCGGGCUCAAGGCUUGCCGAGAUACAGUUUAUGUCGCGGAGUCUCACAAUGAUCUUUAUUCUGAGGACGAAAAGUACUUUGAUUUCGUCGAUCAAUUGGGUAGCAUUCAGGCAAAGACUUUAGUUAUCGUUGGCGACCAGGACUGGAUUUGUCCACCGGACAACUCGAGGUUAAUUGCCGAUCGGAUCAGGAAUGCGGAAUUGCUCGUGGUUCCCGGCGCAAACCAUAGCGUGCAUAUUGAAAAAACAGACUUGGUCAUUUCCAGGAUCAGGCAGUUUUUGACAUUAUAG